GGCAUAUACGUACACCAUCCGUAGCUCUCCACGCCAGCAGCAAUACGCAAUUUACGUCUUGGAUAUCCUCACAUACCUUGCCUCUCCAGGACCGUGUAAGGUUACAUUUUAAGGUACUGAAGAUGAAUUGCAAUUGUAUUGCCAACAAUCUGUAACGACGUUAGGAUGUUUGUACCGAAACAUUGGAAUUUUGCAUCCCACAAAAGCCACUGAAACGGUGAAAAGAUCUAUGAAAACUAUUUUUCCAAAUGGAUUUGGUAAUAGUUUUUCCCAUUCUGAGAAGCUGUAGUUUUAACUUCUUACCUUGUCUAGAUGAAACCGCCCAAACGCUAAUACAGACAGUUCAAACCAGUUACUGCCUUUAUGUCUUUCAUCUUGAAAAACAUGAUCGUGCUUUAGUGAAAACUAAUGGAUUACAUGGCUUGAUAUGUUCAACUCAUAUGAAUACUAUCUUUCGACUUUACUAGAUAAAUAAGUAAAAGAAAAAAAUAUUUUUUAAAAUAACUAGC